AUGUUUGACUGUCAACUUGAGACAUAUGACGUGGGGCAACAUGAGAAUAAACAAAUUAACGGCAAUGAUGUGCGUCAACGGAAAUGUACUGAACGUCAGUACCAAUGUAAAUCUGGUGAAUGUAUUCACAUAAGAUACACUUGCGAUGGUGAAUUUGAUUGUUCCGAUAAUAGCGAUGAAGAUCCGAAACAAUGCUUUAAUAAAGAUCGAUUACAUACAGAAUAA